AUGAGAAAAAUAUUUUCUAUUGCACAUUCUAAUUUAAAAUUAAAAAAAGGAAAUAUAAAUAAUAUAAGAAAGGAACAUAUUUUAGAAGAAGAACGAAAUGUUUUUGAUGAUUAUAAAACAGAUGUAACUGAUAGCGACACUAAAAGUGAAAAAAGUGAGGAAAAUGAAAAAAGUGAGGAAAAUGAAAAAAGUGAGAGAAAUGAAAAAAGUGAGAGAAAUGAAAAAAGUGAGAGAAAUGAAAAAAAUGAGAAAAAAGGGCAAAGUUAUCAAAAUGAAAGCGAAUCUGAUGUAAUGAGCAAAACGGAGGAUAACGAUUUUAGCUCAAUCAACACAAAUUGUAGCAAAGAAAACGGAGGUAAAAAUUGCAGCAAAGAAAACGGAGGUAAAAAUAGAAAUGAAGAAAAGGGUGGUACAAAUUGUAGCAACGCUGAUAGUGUGCAAGCUUCCAAAAAUAAUUCCGAAAAUGUAGAUAAUAAAAAUAUUUCAGUAAAAGAAAAAAUGAUUGAAGAUCCAUGUUUUGUACCAAAAGAAUCUCGAUAUUUUUUACAUGAUAAUAGAUUUGAAAUAAAUGAUAAAAAUGUAAAAAAAAAAUAUAUGAACGAUAAUAAAAUUAAACAGUCAAAUAAUGUCUAUUAUAUAGAUGAUAAAAAAUGGAAACAUGAUUUAUUUUAUAAAUAUAAAUAUAAUGGUUAUUAUUUAAAAGAUAGAAAUAAAUAUCAAAAUUAUUACUCUCGUACUAGUAAUUAUUAUAAGUCAAAUUUUUUAUAUCCCUCUUCAUAUAAAAAUAAUAAAAUAAAUAUUACAAAAACAGUACAUAAAGAAAAUAUUAAUAACUUACUGGUUAAUUCUAAAGAGAAAGAUAAAAAAAAUAAAUACGAUAAAAUAAAAAAUAAUAAAUAUGUUAAUGAUUUUAAAAAUGAAAAAAAUAUGUAUAAUAAAAAUUAUUCAAAUAUAACAUACUCAUAUAAUGGGAAAAAAGACAAAUUUAUGAAAAACAAUUAUUAUAAAAAUAAUAAUAAACAAAUGUCAAAUGUUGAUCAAAAUAAAAACAGUAAAAAUUCUAAAAGUGUUAUAGACCCAAUAAAUGAUAGUAGCAAACAAAUUGUGAAGAGUGAUGAAAUUGUGAAAAAAAAAAAUUUAAAAAAUGUGGAAGAAGAACUUAAAUGUACUGAAAUAAGUGUGAAUGAUGUAGAAGAUAAAAAACAAAUUGUAUAUACUCAUGAAAAAAUAAAAAAAACAAAUAAAUAUAAUGAUGAAAAAAAAGACAAAAUUUCAUAUUUUGACAAAAAUAUAUAUAACAAUAAAUAUAUAUUAAAUAAAAAAUAUACAUCUAUGAAAUAUAAAAAAUUAUCACAAUUUCAUUAUUCAUAUCAAGGUCAAUACUUAAACCGAAGAACAAGAAAAAAUGGGUACACUAUUACUAAUGAUAAUAAAAAAUAUAGCAGUAAAGCAUAUAGUAAUAAUAGCAAUGUUAAUAACAUAAAUAGCAUAGAUUUAAAAAAACGGGACAAAAAUAGAAAUAUAAAUGAUAAAAAUAUAUAUUUAAAAAAUGAGAAUGAAAAUGAAAAUGAAAAUGAAAAUAAAAAUGAAAAUAAAAACGAAAAUAAAAACGAAAAUACAGACAAAUCUUUGAAAAAAAAUAGUGAUAAUUUGAAUGGGCCUUAUACAGAUAUUAGUCAUACAAAUGAUCAAAAAGAAAUUAUAAAAAAUGACGAAAAAAUAAAAAAAAAUGUGGAAGAGGAAACAAAUGUAAAAAUAAACAAAUUAAAAGAUCAUGAGAAUAACGAUAAAUGUCAAAAUAGUACCCGUGAAAUUACACACACAAAUAAUAAGAAUUAUAAAAGUAACGAUUGGAAAUAUAAAAAUGAUUGGAAAUACAAAAAUAACAAUUGGAAAUACAAACAUAACGAUUGGGAAUACAAACAUAACGAUUGGAAAUACAAAAGUAACGAUUGGAAAUACAAAAGUAAUGAUUACGAAAAACCUUUCAUAGAUUUUCAUGAUAACAAAUUUGGUGAUAAUGUUCAUAAAAAAAAUAGUCUGAAAUACAACAAAAAUGUUAAGGAUAAAUAUUUUUCAAAAUCUGAAAAAUAUUACCCUACUAUAGAAAGUGGUUCAAAAAAUGAUAAAAAUUAUAAAAAUUAUAAAAAUAAAGAUGGAACAAAUAAUAGGAACACAUUUUAUGCCAAAGAUAAUCACAAAGAUCGUUCUCAGAAAUAUUCCAAUUGGAAAGAUAUAGAUAUAAAUUCUGGAAUGAAAAAUGAAAAAAAUUCAGAAAAAACAAACGAAAGUGAGAAGGAAAAAGCAAUCAACAAACAAGAUCAUAUAUAUAAAAGAAAAACAGAGAAUAGCAUCAAUGUAGAUAUUUGCGAAAAAAAAAAACAAAUAAAUAGUGGAAAAAAUGUAGAAAAAAGUGUAGAAAAAGGUGUAGAAAAAAGUGUAGAAAAAAGUGUAGAAAAAAAUGGAGAAAAAAAUGGAGAAAAAAAUGGAGAAAAAAAUGGAGAAAAAAAAGAUAUAUAUCAAAAUAUAAAUAACAAUAAUAAGACUAUUGAUGUUUCACUUAUUAGAAGAAAGACAACAGAAAAAAUAAAUCAUGAAACAAACAAUAAAAAUAAUUUUGUAAAAAAAAAUGACAAACAUGAUGACUUAACAACAAAUAACAAUUAUAAUAAUAAAAGAAAAAAUCCAAUUAAUAAUGGUAUUUCAAAUUUUAAUGAAUUUCAAGAGGAUAAAAAAAAUACUGUUAAUGAACAUAUAGACAAUAAUAAUAAUAAUAAUAACGAAGAAGAUAUUAAAAAGUAUUAUUAUAAUAAUAAUGAUAAUUUAAAAAAUAAAAUGUUAUAUCAAAAAAAUAUAAAAAAUAAUUAUAAUCAAAGUAGUAAUAUACAAAAUUAUGAUAACUAUAUUAAUAAUCCAAAUUAUCAGAUAUAUGGAUAUGAUAAUAAUAAUAAUAAUUAUAUAGAAAAUAGUAAUAGCACAAAUUAUUAUUAUAAUGAAAAUUUAUAUUCAGCAAAUAAUAAUAGUAAUGGAAGUAAUAAUGAAAAUAAUUCUAAUUUCAAUAUUGGAAAUAGUGAUACAACAAAUAUAGGUAGUAAUAAUAAUUACAUAAAUGAUAAUACAACAUUUUAUAAUGAUAAUGGAUAUCAUCAAACUCACCAUAUGAAUAAUCAAUUUAUGAAUAAUAAUUAUAUGAACAAUAAUUAUUUAGCUAGCUUAAAUUAUAUGAAUGAAGGAAAUUAUAUUAAUGAUACUAAUUAUAUUAAUAAUCCAAAUUAUCAUGAAUGUAGAUAUAUUCGAAAUAAUUAUAUAGCUGAUAACUCUGGAUAUAUUAAUGAUAAUAAUGCUUAUAUGAAUAAUGAUGCACCUAAUUAUAUUAACGAUAAUAAUGCUUAUUUAAAUAAUAAUCGAGGUUACAUGAAUGAUACAGGAUCUUAUAUUAAUGACAAUUAUGUUCAGGAUACAUAUAUAAAUAAUAACUAUAUUAAUGGUACUAAUAAUUAUUACUAUGAUUAUAUCCAACCAAAUUAUGUUAAUUCAAAUGAAAAAUAUUAUUAUAACAAUAGUAAAUAUAUGAAACAAAAUUAG